GCGCCUGCCAGUACCCUUGCCUCGCAACGCGUCUGAAGCUCGAUUGAACUGACUGGCGCCUGGUGUUGCCUGUUGGAUUCCUGCUCUCGCCUGCGUUCUGUGCACCCGGUUCCUCGUGCCCCGCACCAGUCGGUCAAAAGAAGCGCGUCAUAUUCCCAAAACUUCUCCGGCGCACUCGCCCGCUCCCGAGCCAUAAACUUAGCCCGCCGGAAGCUCAGCUUACACCACCAUGGGUCCACCUACUGUUGUCAACACGCCUGGGUUGGCGUCGUUUCUCAAGUCUUUGAGAGGCACACCCGUUGAGUCAUCAAUCGAGCACCUCAUAUCGCUCCUCAAGCGUCGCCAAAUCCGCAACUCCAGGCCAUGCGCAAUCGCGACCACGCAGCUUCUGCGCCGCGUCAUACAAGAGUUCAAGGGAAGAGAUGUGAGCAAGCUCAUUCGGCGCAUCAAAGAGGUCGGCCAGCGCUUGACGAGCGCGCAGCCUCGCGAGAUGGUGGUCGGCAACAUUGUGCGGCGAGUGCUGGGAUUGGUCAGGGAGGUCGCUGAGGAGGAAGAGGAUGUGACUGCCAUGAGCGAUGCUGGUGCCAGCACGCCAGCUCAGGCUGCGUACCACGAUUCGAUGCAGCGCCCAGCCUACAACUCGACCAUGUCGACUUACACGCCGCUCAAGAAUGGCAUCCAGCCCAUGGACCUCAGCAUACACACGGAUGAUUCCAUGGAGCAGCCGCGGCCUCCUCUUCUGACCUCGCACACUUCGUACGCUGUGCCGGGUGCUCCCAUGGUUGGUUCUCUGUUUGGGCUAUUCUCUCAGCCCGCGACGCCCUACCCCAACUCCCCUACGGCUACGCCACCCGGCUACGCCUCGCCAGGCGGCAAGGGUCUUACUGCGCAGAAUCUGGCUGGGCUUCCCGACUCGUCGUCCAAGACGGAUAUCAAGGCCGAAGUGCUGGAAGGCAUCAACGAGCUGCUGGACGAGCUGGACCAGGUGGACGAGCAGAUUGCCGAAUACGCGCUGCAGCAUAUCCAUUCCGACGAGAUUAUCCUGACACACACUUCGUCGAUGACGGUGCAAAAGUUUCUUCUUACUGCGGCGAAGAAGCGCAAGUUUACCGUCAUCCACGCCGAAGCGUACCCCAAUGACAGCGACAACACGCACGCGACGGUUCUGACGGGCCGCAAGCUCGAGACGGACGAGGAGUACGACUCGGACGAGCGUUUCAAGCCACUUACGGCAGCCGGCAUCACGGUUAUUCUGAUUCCCGAGUCGGCGGUGUUCGCCAUCAUGUCACGCGUCAACAAGGUGAUAUUGGCAACACACACGGUGCUGGCCAACGGCGGGCUGGUCGCGGCCGUGGGAGCGCGCACCAUUGCACAGGCGGCCAAGAUGCACCAGACGCCGGUGGUGGUGGUCAGCGGCGUGUACAAGCUGUCGCCGGUGUACCCGUUCGACGUGGACGAACUGAUUGAGUAUGGCGAUGCGGGUGCGGUGGUGCCGUAUGCGGACGGCGAGUUUGUCGACAAGAUUGAUGUGGUGAAUCCGCUCUUCGACUACGUCCCGGCUGAUCUGGUGGAUUUGUACAUUACGAACUUGGGAGGCCAUGCCCCGAGCUAUUUGUACCGUAUUGUCGCGGAUCACUAUCGGGCGGAGGAUGUGAAUUUGUAGGUAGAGGAAUUAAGAGUGAUUGGCUUGGGAUGAAACUAUUUGAGCGUGCGUGUUAGGGUGCUAGGUGGUCUGGAAAGGCGGCCAACUUGCGAUUGAUAAUGAACGAGAGAUGACUGAUUGGGAUCAAGCAAAGGAGACGUCAGAAUCAAAUCAAAAGGAAUAACUUGGAAACACCGUCCGCAGAUAGUC